UUCUUGAAAGCCCGUGAGGUGUCGGAGGGGAGGGCGGGCGAGGGGCGGGCGAGGGGCGGGGCGGGGAAUGUUGCCAGAGCGUCUAGGUCCCAAGAUCGCUCGGGAAUGCCGGGUGAGCGCGAGCUGCAGUCAGAUGAGCGAGCGACAGAGCGAGCUCUUGGGCCGGUCGUCGAGUGCUCGCACCCUUGAGCAUGUGGAGCUUUUUCGUACCACUUCAGCGAAUCUGGGGCCGAUUUUGCUGUCCAGAUUUCAACGCCGGAUGCCGAAUUCUUGGUAGCUCGAGGUGAGGUUCUCAGCAUUGGUGGCGAUUGGGAGUGUCUCUCUGCCGGGGAGAAGGAUUCGCGCUCGCUGCAUUUUCCGCCUGUGUCGAGCGGAAUGGCGGCGGUGGAGAGACUUGACGCCAGUGAUGGCGACGAGACUCGACCUAGCAGCCCCGACUCCGUGCUAGAUCCGCAGCUGGAAGGAUCUCUGGAGACCAAUUUUCGUCGGAGGAAAGUCUCGAAUGGCUUGACGGGCAGUGCGCCCGCAUUGAAGGUCGUUACUCUUGAGGAAGUGAGGAAUCAUAGGACUCCCGCGGAUGCAUGGAUCGUUGUAGACGGGGAAGUGUACGACAUCACUGAUUUUCUGGCCAACCAUCCGGGGGGUUCUGAACUGAUCAUGGAGCAUUUAGAAGAUGACAAUGUGCAUGACAUAAUGCAAGGAACCGAUAAAGCUUCUGAUCACUCGCACAGCAAAUCAGCUUACGAGAUGUUGGAGCAGUUCCAUGUUGGAAGUUUGCCAAGUAAAGUUGCCAAAACAGCGCCAGCCUGCAAGACGACGUUCAAAAGCUCAAAUGGAUUUGUUUUGGACUUGAAGAAGCCACUCGUUCUACAGGUCGGAUAUCUUGGUGAGGACUAUCAUGAUUGGGUGCAUCAGGCCAUUGUAACGAAGGAGACUCCCUUCUUUUUUGGGAACAAGUUCUUGGAAUUUAAUACAAGAACCGUAUGGUGGGUUGUACCCCUCAUAUGGCUGCCCGUUAUUUGCUGGCUUGAAUACAUGGCUACUAGAAGGGGUUUGUCAAUUUACGGGAUGCUGCCAGCCACUGGCGCCGGAAUUCUUUUUUGGUCAUUUGUCGAGUACUCACUACAUAGACAUCUCUUUCACGUGAAGACAACAACCUACUGGUGGAAUACCCUACAUUAUCUCCUGCAUGGUUGCCAUCAUAAAUACCCUCUUGAUGGAUUGCGGCUCGUUUUUCCUCCAGCCGGGACUACUAUAUUUUGUGUUUUGUUUUGGAACAUUCUGAAGAACGUGAUUUCAAAGGCUGUCAUGCCAGCUGCCUUUGGGGGAGGUCUACUCGGUUAUGUGAUGUACGAUCUGACACAUUACUUCCUGCAUCAUGGGGUUCCCUUCGAUAAUAUAAGCCGAAAUCUGAAGAGGUACCACUUGAAUCAUCACUUCAAGGAGCAAACAACGGGCUUUGGCAUUACAUCGAGCUUGUGGGACUGGGUCUUUGGCACACUUCCUCCGACGAAGGGGUAGUUUAGGUACCUUCUGGGUGCCAGCAUUAUAUAUUCGGCCCGGCAGUUCGUCUGUUUUCGCUCUCCGUUCGUGGAAGCAAGAGCGAAACUUUAGCGACAUUCGUCAAAUGACUCUUUCUUCCAGCACAGAAGUAUCUGCAUGAGUGCUUCAAGGAACGGCGCAUGUGAUAUAAAUAUGGUUGAGAUCACUGAGUGCAUGAAACUCGUCGAGGAGUUCCGAGCUUUAGUAGGAAAGGGCCUUUUAUCUACUCUUUCCGACGGAGAUUGCCCUAGGGCUCAGUUCCAGAUCCUGCCAAGUGCUAGUCCGUUCUCCCACAGCUUCCAGAGUAUCUCUUACGAUAAAGAAGUGCAGCAAGUGAUGAGAAUCCGAUGAGCGCUUUCAUCGCACAAGGUCCACCGUCGAGCUUCUGUUGGAGAUGCGUUCGGUGACAGUCCUUUGUCUGUCUCAAUUCCACGUCAGAUUAAGGAAGAGAUGAGUUAGUAGCAGUUGAGGCUGUAGGAAAAUUUUUGGGCUUCUGGAGUUGUUCCCGGUCCCUUCAAUAGAAGUCCCCAACAGUAGUGUUUUUACGUACUAUGCGUAUUGAGCAUGGAGUUGCUUGCUGCAGCAUUCCUUGUGAAUUCCACCUCGGUGCCUGUUAUUUUAAUUCUGCAGGAGUGAGUUCCAAUGGGAUUUGUGAACUAUUUGUACUUCGCGUAGUUUGAGGACAGAGGUGAAGAUUGGGAUUCGUCACAAUUGCUUGAAGUACUCAAAACGCCUUCACUCUAUUAUAAUUUUCCUCACAAUUCC